CGCCCUACAGCCCAAAACGACGGAAAGACCUGCAAGUUUGUUUCCGUUUUAGGCGUUUCUUCUCUCUGUAAACCUCAACACUGGCGUCUCUCUCCCGCCAUUAACCUCAUCCACUUCCUCUCUAAUCCCUAACCCUAAUACCGAUUCAUUACUUGUAAUCUUGGAUCCCAUUUUUUGUUUCAAGAACAGAAUUGAUCAUCUUGAUGUUAUGCUAGUAUAUCCGAAAUGCCACUUCAUCUCCGUUCACGACCGUCCGAUCAGAUCGCCUUGGAACCCUAAUUUCCGAUCCAGUUCACAAUGUCUUGGGGAUUGGGCUGGAAGCGAUCCUCUGAGAUCUUCCACCUCAGGCUGAAUUACGGUAAUGAAGAGCCCGGGGAGACGUCUGGUCGUACGUCGUCGGCAUCUUCGUCGAGCUCGUCUUCGUCGUCUCUGGCGUCGAUCGUAUCUCAGGACCAGGAGUUGGGCUUUCGGAUCGAAUUGGAUUGGUCUGCCGGGGACGACGAGGAUCAAGUGGUUUUGAGGCUCCAGUCGCAGCUCAUGGUGGCGUUGCCGAUGCCGCAGGACAUGGUGGAGGUGGAGCUGAGGCCCCAGGAGGCGGAGACGGAGGCGUUGGAAAAUGUAUGCUUGGAGAUGAGGGUGGUGAAGCGGAGAGAGCCUCUGCGGGUCGUGACGAUGACCAAGUCCGCCGGGUCGGGCCAGCAGAGCGAUGGGACCGGAGUAUUGACGCGCUUGCUAAGGUCGAAUCUCGCCCCGCAGACUCCGGGGGUGGCCGACAGUGUCUCCUGCGGCGAGCAUUGGAAGAGCGUCACUGUGCUCAGUCUGUGCGGCUGCAGCUUGUCGGUAUUCCCGGUAGAGAUAAGUCGCUUGCCACAUCUUGAGAAGCUAUACCUUGAUAACAACAAACUUACACUUCUGCCAUCAGAGCUUGGUGAGCUGAAAAGUUUAAAAGCACUUAGGGUUGAUUACAACAUGCUGGCUUCAGUACCUGCAGUAGAGCUAAGACAGUGCGUUGAACUAGUGGAACUAUCGUUGGAACAUAACAAGCUUGUUCGGCCACUCCUUGACUUCAGGGCAAUGGCCGAGUUACGGGUUCUAAGGCUUUUUGGUAAUCCUCUUGAAUUCCUUCCUGAGAUUUUGCCAUUGCACAAACUUCGCCAUUUGUCUCUUGCAAAUAUCAGGAUUGUAGCAGAUGAAAAUUUAAGAUCAGUGCAUGUUCAAAUAGAGAUGGAAAACGGUUCUUAUUUUGUUGCAUCUAGACAUAAGCUAAGUGCCUUCUUCUCUCUUAUAUUCCGCUUUUCUUCUUGUCAUCAUCCUCUACUAGCAUCGGCACUAGCAAAGAUAAUGCAAGACCAAGGAAACCGUGUAGUUGUUGGAAAAGAUGAGAAUGCAGUGCGGCAGCUUAUAAGUAUGAUUAGUAGUGACAACCAUCAUGUGGUUGAACAGGCAUGCUCUGCUCUUUCAUCUCUUGCUGCUGAUGUUUCUGUUGCAAUGCAGUUGAUAAAAGCUGACAUCAUGCAACCCAUUGAAACAGUGCUGAAAUCUAUCGGUCAGGAAGAAGUAAUAUCUGUAUUGCAAGUUGUGGCAAAGUUAGCUUUUGCAUCUGGCACUGUAGCUCAGAAGAUGUUGAGUAAGGAUGUAUUGAAGUCGUUAAAAUUGUUAUGUGCCCAUAAAAACCCUGAGAUACAAAGGUUAGCUUUGUUAGCUGUUGGGAAUUUGGCCUUCUGUUUGGAGAAUCGCCGUAUUCUGGUUACUUCUGAAAGUUUGCGGGAACUUCUCUUGCGCUUGACAGUUGCACCUGAAUCACGUGUGAAUAAAGCUGCAGCUCGUGCAUUAGCAAUUCUUGGGGAGAAUGAAAAUCUACGGCGCUCGAUAAAAGGUAGACCAGUGGCAAAGCAAGGACUGCGCAUACUCUCCAUGGAUGGAGGUGGCAUGAAGGGUAUGGCAACUGUACAGAUCCUUAAAGAAAUUGAGAAGGGAACUGGAAAGCGGAUACACGAGAUGUUUGACCUUAUUUGUGGAACAUCAACGGGUGGCAUGCUAGCUGUUGCCCUUGGUAUCAAGCUAAUGACCUUGGAACAGUGUGAGGAAAUAUACAAAAAUCUUGGAAAACUUGUCUUUGCUGAUUCUGUGCCCAAGGACAAUGAAGCUGCAACUUGGAGAGAAAAGUUGGAUCAGCUUUAUAAGAGUUCAUCACAGAGUUUUAGAGUGGUUGUACAUGGAUCAAAACACAGUGCAGAUCAGUUCCAGAGGUUGUUACAGGAAAUGUGUGCUGAUGAUGAUGGAGACCUUCUAAUAGAGUCUGCAGUGAAAAACAUUCCCAAAGUUUUUGUUGUAGCAACCUUAGUGAGUGUUGCACCGGCUCAGCCUUUCAUUUUUCGUAAUUAUCAGUACCCUGCUGGAACACUAGAGGUGCCUAUCGCAAUCUCUGAAAGUUCAGGAACUUCUAUGCUAGUGUUGCCUGCUACGGAUGCUCAAGUUGGCUAUAAGCGCAGCGCUUUUAUUGGAAGUUGUAAGCAUGAAGUAUGGCAAGCUAUAAGAGCAUCUUCUGCUGCUCCAUAUUAUCUUGAUGAUUUCUCAGAUGAUGUCCUACGCUGGCAAGAUGGUGCAAUAGUGGCAAAUAAUCCUACUAUUUUUGCCAUAAGAGAAGCACAACUUCUUUGGCCUGACACAAGAAUUGACUGCUUAGUUUCCAUUGGGUGUGGUUCUGUCCCCACAAAGGUGCGGAAAGGUGGUUGGCGUUAUCUGGAUACUGGACAAGUGUUGAUUGAGAGUGCAUGCUCUGUAGAUCGGGUAGAGGAAGCUCUAAGUGCAUUGCUGCCUAUGCUCCCUGAAAUACAGUAUUUUCGGUUUAAUCCUGUUGAUGAACGCUGUGAUAUGGAACUGGAUGAGACUGAUCCAGCUGUCUGGCUGAAGCUGGAAGCGGCAGUUGAGGAAUACAUCCAAACUAAUUCUCAGGCCUUCAAGAAUGUCUGUGAGAGACUACUUCUUCCUUACCAAAAUGAUGAGAGGUGGUCAGAGAGUUUGAGAGUUCAGCACUACCCCAAGGCAAAGGGGUCAGGUGUAGAUGUGAAUGGACCUUCUCUUGGUUGGAGGCGUAAUGUACUCCUCGUUGAAGCUUCACACAGUCCGGAUUCAAGAAGAACUGCGCACCAUGCACGAGCACUAGAGUCAUUUUGUUCCCGUACUGGAAUACGGCUGUCCCUCAUCCAAGGGAUUUCAGGGUCUGUGAACACAGUGCCAGCAACAACAUUCCCAACACCUUUUACAUCACCUCUGUUCACUGGAAGCUUCCCAUCGAGCCCACUUCUAUACAGUCCUGAUUUUGGCCCUCAGAGGGUUGGCCGAAUUGAUAUGGUCCCACCUUUAAGCUUAGAUGGUCAAUCUGGAAAGGCAGCUGCAUCGCCACCAAAUUCUCCUUCUGGGCCUAGACAGCUUUCUUUACCUGUACAAUCACUGCACAAGAAAUUACAGAACUCGCCGCAAGUGGGCAUAAUACAUUUGUCCCUUCAAAAUGAUUCUAUUGGCUCAAUUUUAAGUUGGCAGAAUGAUGUAUUUGUGGUUGCUGAACCUGGAGAGCUAGCAGAUAAAUUUUUGCAAAGUGUUAAAUUGAGCUUGUUUUCUAUGAUGCGGAGACGUCACAAAAAGGAGGCAUCACUCCUUAGCAAUAUUUCAACUGUUUCUGAUUUGGUUGCAUUAAGACCAUACUUCCAAAUUGGAGGCAUCGUCCACCGUUAUGUAGGACGCCAAACCCAAGUCAUGGAAGAUGAUCAAGAAAUUGGGGCAUAUAUGUUUCGUAGAACAGUCCCUUCUAUGCAUUUAACUCCCGAUGAUGUUCGUUGGAUGGUUGGAGCUUGGAGGGAUAGGAUCAUAAUUUGCACGGGGACAUAUGGGCUAAACCCAACGCUGAUCAAGGCCUUUCUUGACUCUGGUGCCAAAGCUGUUUUAUGUUCUUCAACUGAACCCCCUGAAAUGCAGCUGACAAACUUUCAUGGAUCAGGUGAGUUCGAUACUUAUGAAAAUGGGAAGUUUGAGAUUGGAGAGGAAGAGGCAGAAGAUGAAGAAGCUGAACCUGCCAGUCCAGUGAGUGAUUGGGAAGAUAGCGACCUGGAGAAAAGCGCGGACCAUUUUACAGGUUUUCGGGAUGAAGAUGAGGAUGAAUUGUCACAGUUUGUCUGUGAAUUAUAUGACUCAUUGUUCCGGGAUGGUAAGAGUGUAGAUGUUGCUCUGCAACAUGCUCUAGCCACACAUCGAAGGUUAAGGUAUUCAUGCCAUCUCCCCAGUAUAUAGCAGGUUGUUAAAUAAACAGCAUACAUAAAAAUCAAACUCGUAGUCAACAAAAAAUAAAUCAAGCAAAAAUGAACACCGGCUUAGGGGAGCAUAUUUUAGAGGUAUAUAAGAAAAUAAGAGAGAACAUCCAAUUUUGAGGCUUACUAAAA